AGUGCCCGGCCAUCGUGCCCCGGUGCAUGUGGGGGGCCCGUCCCUACCGGGGCACCCCCAGACCGUUGACCCUCCCCUUGAGCUCCGUCUACAUCCACCACACCUUCAUACCCAGCGCCCCGUGCCGCACCUUCGCCGCCUGCGCCCGCGCCAUGCGCGCCAUGCAACGCUUCCACCAGGACCCCCGUGGCUGGGAUGACAUCGGCUACAGCUUCGUGGUGGGCUCGGAUGGGUACCUGUACCAAGGCCGGGGUUGGCACUGGGUUGGUGCCCACACCAAAGGCUACAACAGCAAAGGCUACGGCGUGGGCUACGUUGGCAACUUCUCAGCCACCUUGCCGGACCCUGACACCAUCGCCCUGGUGCGGGACGGGCUCCUGCCCUGCGCCGUGCGGACAGGCCGGCUCCACCGUAACUACACCCUCCGUGGCCACCGCCAGAUGGGUCACACCGACUGCCCCGGCAACUCCCUCUUCCAUGAGAUUGAGACCUGGCACGGCUUCAAG